AUGUCAGGAGAGUUCAUGACAUGUAGAGUAAGAAAAUUAUCAUUUUAUGCAAUUUGUAGACAAGAUAUAGGAUGGUUUGAUAAAAAAGAGAAUUCAACUGGAAGAUUAGCUGGAAGACUUGCAGCUGAUGCAACUAAAUUGAAUGGAGUAACAGGUAAUUUGAUUGGGACAAUGAUCCAUUCAACUAUCUUUGUUCCAUUAAUUGUAUUUAAUACAUAUAUCCAAUUGAGAAUUUCAGUUGGAUUUACUGGACCAGAAACAAAAAUCUAUACUAAUGCAGAAAAUCUUUGA